CGUAUCCCGUGAUGCUUUUUACUGCUUAUUUUUUUUUUAAAUGGCGUCCCAACAAUCAGAAGAAGAUUAUGAGCGCCCCAAAAAAAUCCCUAAAACACUAAAGGAAAAAGAUUCUGGCAGACGAUUGAUUGUUAUUCUGGAAAAAUCGUCGCUGGAGGCAGUGAAAAAUGGUAAAAAUUUUGAGUUGCUUAACUGUGAUCAGCACAAAACUAUCCUAAAGAAGAAUAAGAGAGAUAUUUCAUCUGCAAGGCCAGAUAUUACUCACCAGUGCCUACUGAUGCUUUUAGACAGUCCCCUGAACAAAGCAGGUCUUCUUCAAGUCUAUAUUCACACUGAACGAAAUGUACUUAUAGAAAUUAACCCCCACACACGCAUUCCAAGGACAUUCGACCGCUUCUGUGGCCUAAUGGUCCAGCUUCUUCAUAAGCUGAGUAUACACGCAUCUGACGGACCCCAGAAACUGUUAAAGGUCAUCAAGAAUCCUGUAACAGAUCAUUUACCUACAGGAUGCAAAAAAAUUGGAACUUCUUGCCAUGUUGAAAAACUUGUUAAUGUGCGAGACAUGGUGCCAUCAGAUGAACCUAUUGUGUUUGUGGUUGGUGCAAUGGCUCAUGGAUCUGUCUCUCCAGAGUACAUAGAAGACACAGUGGCUAUAAGCCAAUAUCCACUCUCAGCGGCUCUUGUGUGUGCCAAGAUAUGUACAGCAUUUGAGGAGGUCUGGGGAGUAGUGUGAUAUGCCAAUUUUUACAUUAGAUUUACUGAAUGCUGUAAAUAGAUACUUUGCAAUAAACACUCAUGUAUGAUCCAGUUUGAAUAAAACAGUUGAUAAAA